GGUGCUGGCAUUGGGGCCGGGCAGGGCUUUAGACACACUGUUUGCAAGCAAGCAACGUUGCAACGCGAUCUGUUGCAAACCCCCCUCCUCAAAAGCAGUGCAACGUUUCUGGGGAGGAAUCGGCGAGCCAUCGCUGCCGCCUGUCCUCAGAGAGACAGCACUGACGCCGGCCAAGCGGCCAACGUGACGGGUCGAUUGACAUUAAAUGCCAUUGAUUUUCCGAUCCGGAAGAAUAACUGAGAGGUGUGUCACCCUGGAUUGCGGAACUGUUUAUUUACGGCAAUGGCAUCAACAGAGCAGAAGAGCUUUCACAUCUGCACACCACUGCAUAAAAGUCUGGCUCUCUCCAAGGUGGCCGGGACCACAAUCUACCUUAAACUUGAUAAUGUGCAACCAACUGGCUCCUUUAAGAUAAGAGGAGUGGGACAUUUGUGUCAGAAGGCAGCGGAGAAAAACUGCAAGCAUUUUGUAUGUUCUUCAGGAGGAAACGCUGGUUUAGCCGCUGCAUAUGCUGCCCAGAAGCUCCAGAUUCCGGCCACUAUACUGGUGCCCAGUAGCACACCGCUAUUUACCAUUGAGAGGUUGGAAGAAUAUGGAGCUCUUGUGGAAGUGGUUGGCAAGGUUUGGGAUGAUGCUAACAAGCAAGCAUUAAAACUAUCUGAAAAUGAUGGCUGGGUGUACAUACCUCCAUUUGAUCAUCCCUUGAUCUGGGAAGGGCACGCCAGUAUUGUGGUGGAACUUUGGGAGGCACUGCCGUGUAAGCCUGGGGCUAUCAUUCUCUCGGUUGGCGGUGGAGGCCUCUUUUGUGGAGUGGUAGAAGGCCUGAAGAAAGUGGGUUGGCGUGAUGUGCCGAUAAUCGCCAUGGAGACCAAAGGUGCGGACAGUCUGAGUGAGGCUGUGAAGGCCGGGAGGUUGGUUACACUUCCUGAUAUCACAAGUGUGGCCAAAAGCCUUGGAGCGAAGACCGUGUGUGAGAAAGCACUUCAGAACACACAAGAACACAAUGUUUACUCUGAAGUAAUCAGUGACUAUGAAGCUGUGCAUGCAGUAGAGCGAUUUUUAGAUGAUGAAAGGAUACUGGUUGAGCCAGCCUGCGGGGCAUCAAUAGCUGCCGUCUACAGCGGCAUUCUGCAGCGGCUGCAGCAGGAGGGAGAGCUGCCCAAGGACAUGCAACCGGUGGUGGUCAUCGUCUGUGGCGGAAGCAGCAUCACAAUGGCGCAGCUCAACGAAUACAGAAUGCAACUGCAGAGAGAUGCAUGAAGCAGUUUUUCUCAACGUGAUGCCUUCCUUGAAAAUCAUUCCUGCCUGGCAGACUUUAAUCAGGUGAAAUCAUUUGACUGGGAUAGUCCAAAGGCCGAGUGAAUUGAAUGGAUGAGAAAGGUCCCUUUCAUCAUUUAUUUGCUUUACUCCUCUGUGCUACAAUGUGGGUUGCAGGUCUGUUCUGCCUUGCCACAAAGCUCAAAUCCACGGCAAGCAAAAGUGUAUUUAGUAGUUUCACCUGAUGCUCUCAUUUCUUUCCCACCAUUCUCCACUGUUCCACUCUCUUUCUUGUUGACUUUCGACUUUAGAGAUACCAGCAUUGAAACAGUCCCUUCGGCCCACCGAGUCUGCACCGCCCAGCAAUCACCCUGUAUACUAGCACGACACACAUUAGGGACAAUUUUACAACUUACUAAAGCCAAUUAACCAACAACCCUCUCCGUUUUUGGAGUGGGGGGAAACUGGAGCACCCGGAGAAAACCCACAUGGUCACGGGGAGAACGCACAUACAGACGGCUGCCGUAGUCUGGAUUGAACCCAGGUCUCUGAAGCUGCAAGGGAGCAACUCUACUGUUGGGCCACUGUGCCACCCGCUCUCAUGUUUGUUGAAUUAUUAUCAUUUUAGACCACCUGUUUUUUGAGGUGGACAGAAUAAGUGUCUUUCUAUCUCGAAACAGACACAUUUUGAAUUUGUGUUAAAUAAAUGGAGACUAAUCUAUAUUGUAAGGUUUGGAUAAAAUCACAUCAAAGCAAUGGCCAAGAGAACACACCAAUGCCUCUACUUCCUUACAAAGCUUAGGAAGUUUGGCAUGUCCCCAAUAACUCUCACCAACCUCUACAGAUGCGCCGUGGAAAGCAUCUUAUUAGGAUGCAUCACAGCAUGGUUUGGGAACAGCUCCAUCCAAGACCGCAAGAAAUUGCAGAGAAUCGUAGCCCAGACCAUCACACAAACCAACCCCCUUUCACGGACUCCAUCAACACUUCACGCUGCCUUGACAAAGCCACCCAGCGUAAUCAAGGACCAGUCUCAACCCAGUCACUCCCUCUUCUCCCCUCUCCCUUCAGGCAAGAGAUACAGAAGUUUGAAAGCUCAUGCCUCCAGUUUCAGGCAAAGUUUCUUCCCAACUGUGAUCAGGCAACUGGACCAUCAUCUCACCAGCCAGAGUGCGGUCCUGACCUCUCAUCUACCUCAUUGGAGACCUUUGAACUAACUUUAUCCGGACUUUAUCAGACUUUAUCUUGCACUAAAUGAUAUACCCUUCAUCCGGUAUCUGUUGUAAUCAUGUACGGUCUUGUGGUGAUUGGAUAGCAUGCAACAAAAAAACUUUUCACUGUACGUUGGUACAAAUGACAAUAAUAAACUAAACCAAACUAAUGUAAAAGAAUGUCCCGACCUCUCUCUUUCUCCUUAAUAGCCCUUUUGUAAAGUUUGAUAUUUCCCAUUUCCUAACCUAUUUUUUCUUAUAUUGACUAUUUUCACUGUACCUAACUAUCAAGAAAGGUUGUGGUAUCAGGAAUAUAUCAUUGGUUUGUAACUUUAAUGUGGCUAUUUGGAAUGAAUAAUAAUGGCAUUAUGUUUAGCACAGACAUUGUGGGCCAAAGGGCCUGUUCCUGUGUUGUACUGGUCUAUGUUGCAUGAAGGAAGAUGAAUGUAAACAUGAAAUUGUUGCGUUGGUGAGUGGGAUCUAGAUGCAGGGCAAAUAUGAUACUGAGGCUUUAAGUAGCCAAUGACCAAUAAAUUCAUCUUCUUCUUUCGAGUCCAUCUUGUUACAAAUGUUGAUAUCGCUGUUAUCGUACAUCCUGAAAGGGAUGCAAGCUUCCGGCGACAAUCAGUGGGGGCCACCAUUUGUUACAAUAGAUGAUGGUGGUAGCAGAAUUAGCUCAUGAUACUUCCAGUUUCCAGCCCCACAGACAUGGGCGCUUCCGUUACGGGGCCACCAAUAAAUUAAAGUGUUGCAACCAAUAUAUGGCCAAAAAAGAAUCUGGAAAUGAGCAAUGAGAAAAUAAUUAAAAGCACAAUUAUUGGAUCUGUUUGCUCUUCUGGUUUAUAUGCUGCACCCGAAUACUGAAAGCCGUAAAUUACGGGCACCUCAUGUUUUACGCAGGGGUUACUUGCUUGAAAACCGCGUGAUUCAAAAACGUGUAAAUUGAAGCGCGGGUUUUCUCCGAGAUCUUCGGUUUCCUCCCACACUCCAAAGACGUACAGGUUUUUAGGUGUAUAGGAAGGAACUUCAGAUGCUGGUUUAAACAGAAGAUAGACACAGAACAGCAGCCUCGACCCGAAACAUCACCCACUCUUUCUCUCCAGAGAUG